AUGGACGUCACCGGAGAAGAAGGAGUGAAAGAAACCGAAACAAAACAAAUUGGAUUUCCGGUCACAUCAGCUUCACACCGCAGCAUAGUAUCACGAUUCCACCAACAACAACCGCAAAACCGACGAAACCAAGGAGCAGCGCAUCACCUCCGUUCGCUUAACGCAAAGCCACUACAGUCCGAAGCCCAGGAGCAGCGACCAACCGCAGCCCCACGCUCAGCCUCUCCCGACGUCAACACCACAAAUCCGACUACUCCGGCCGUGACUCCGGCAACCCCAGAGAAGUGUUGUGGUGUUUUGCUGUAA